CGCCCCAGCUCCCCGAGCGGCGAGGAGGAGGAGCGGGCGGCGGCCUCGCGGAGCCGGCGCGGGGAUAGGAAGGCUGAAGACUCUGAAAUAGCAGGGGGGGAGAAAGAGUCACCUUUGAAAGAUAAUCUUUCACCAUGGGAAGAAUGGUUCAUUGGCAAAGAGAAGGAACUACGUGCCCGCUUACAAGCUAGAGCUACAGAGGAAAUGAAUAUACAGCUUGAGAAGGUGAAGCAAAAGCAAGAAUGUGAAAGGAGGAAAAGGGUAGCUGAAGAGAAGCACAAGGAAUGGGUCCAAAAAAAAAGAGAGGAGGAAAGAAGGGAAAGGGAACGAAAACUGAGCAAAGAAAUGGCAGAAAAAGCCACAAAGGAACUAGAAAAAAUGCAGUUACAAGAAAAGGCCGAGGUAAAGUAUAAAGAAUGGUUAAAGAAGAAGAGAGCUGAAGAGGCAGAAAAGAAGAAUAAAGAGAAGGAAAAAGAAAAAGAAAGGGAAGCUGAGCUACAGGAGAAGAAAGCAAAAUCAGAGAAGAUCUUUAAGGAAUGGCUACAUAAUGCUAGAAAUAAACCACGCCCUGUUUUAAAUGGUUAUGGCUUCCCACGUGGGAAGUCUACAGGGUGUGCUAAUGGAAAUUCGUAUCCAGUUCCAGCAUAUUGUAACCCCAUUCCUUGGAAACCUGUACAUGUGCCUCCUCCAAAGGAAGACAAUGUUCUUACCAUGAAGAAGAGUAAGAGACCUGUAUCUUGUCAGUCACAUGCAUCUUCGCCUAUGGUAAUUUAUAAGCCCAAGAACAACCCUUGUAUUGGAUCCUUGUGCAGAAAGCAGUUCUAGUACAGAAAACAAAACUAUUCUUAUGGUCCUGAGUGAACUGGGCCAUAAAUUUGAAGUUACAUGUAGUUGUAUGUCCAAAACAGGCUGCUUUUUUUUUUUUUAAUUUUUGUGAACAGGUUUUGUAUUUACAGCUAACUGACCAAUCAGCUUUUUAAUAUGGUUUUUUAUAUGUUGCAUUUUAGUAAAAAAACCAAAAUGUCUUAUUUAGCCAAUUGUA